AUGUCCCGACCGGCGUUCUCGCCCACGAUCUCUGAACCUCACGCCCCAUCGACCCGUUCGUCAGCAUUAGGUCCUGACAGCGCUUAUGCACGCUACCGCGCCCGAUCGAGAGCCAAGACACUAGCUUCGUCCCUCCCCUCUGCGUGCGAGACUGUAGAAGCAGCCCACGCAGCAAACGGGAAAGAGACGCUAGCCGAGACGAUUGCUGCAAUCCGCGAGGCCGAGGAGUGGGACUGGCCCAUCCCGCCCUUCGUCCGCCGUCCCUCGCGCCCUACCAUUUCUCAACCCCCGCAACCACAAGAGAAGGAACCAGAGCCAGAGCUGGAGCGAGUGGAGGAGCUGGGCCAGGUCAAACCCUAUGCCUCCGAGUGGGAGCCAUACUCGAUGCACCCGUUCGCAGCGGCGCGGCACGACGCAGGUUACGCCCCAAGGCGGCAGGUACGGCGUGGAAGCACGGCCAGCCUCGCGGCGCAACAUUCCGGCAGCUCUUUAGGGAGUGGAAGCGAGGGACCGCGAACGCCCGACGAGUGUCCCGGUUCGCCGCAGUUUACGCUCGUUCGCGGGCCGAGUGGGCUCGUGAUCAAGUCGAUUGGACCACUGACCGAGCGCCCGUCAAGGCGGUAUGGUACGCCCUUCUAA